CUCGAGUCAAAGCCAUGGAUGGCAACACACUAUUCUGCCUGACUGCAGUGAUCGUCGCUGUGAGUGGGUGUCCUGUUGGUCAAGAAUUUUUGACCACUUUCUUGACAAACUAUAACCACCGGAAAACUGGAAAACUUGAGCUUGCCAUUACUGCCCAUGAAAAAACAACCACAGUGAAAGUAUGGUCUCCGUAUUUCACAAAGAGCGAGACAGUGCCAAAAGGGAGCACAACUUUUAUCAAUUUACCAGCCAAAGCCGAACUGUCAGGUCCAGGGUUAUCUAACAAAAUUGUCCGUGUUACAUCUGACAGCGACAUCACUGUGGUGACAUCAAGUAGAAAACGAUCCUCUGGGGACAGUAGUGUCAUCCUCCCAACAUCCAACCUGGGCAGGAAGUAUGUAGUGUUCACACCAGAUCCUAUAAUUUUAUCUGCUCUUGUUGCUCUUGUAAAUGGUGACAAAGAGAAUGUGGUGGAAAUUCUGCCUGCUGCCGACAUGAAGGUCAGUGAUAUAGACUAUUGGAUAGAUGGGAAGAAAGUUACCCUCAGACUAAAGCCUAAUGAAGUCUACCAGUUUAUGAGCACUACAUCAUUCACUGGCACCAGGAUCACUUCUACACAGCCUCUGGCUGUUUUGGUGGGAAACCAAUGUGCUAAACUAGAAGGAACCUGUGAACACGUAUAUGAGCAGCUACUCCCGGUGGAAAGGCUUUCUGAUCACUAUUUGGUUCCAGCUAUGGGCAACCAUGCCCAAGAAGACUAUGCCUAUGUUGUUGCAGCUGAUGACAAGACAACUGUUACCAUUUCUGGGAAACAAGAGAACCACAAACUUAAUGCUGGUGAAAAGCUGGAAGUCCGUAUAAAACAAGGUAAACCUGUUAUUGUAAGAAGCAACAAGAAAGUUAUGGUGAUGUACUUUGGAAGAAAUAUUCCACACGAUGAGUUCCUGACUAACAUCCUUCCCACCUCUGAGAUAUCAAAUACAUGGUCAGUGUACCCACAAGAAACGUAUGCCAAUACAGCUGUCAUCGUCUCGGAGGCUGAGGGCUCAAACACGAUCAGCGGUGUGACCAACUGGAAGCCUUUUCCCUCAGAUAGUCGGUAUGUGUGGGCCACGAAGCAUCUUGGAAAACACAAAGAUCCUGUGAGCAUUUCUGGAGAGGCCCCCAUGGUUGUUUAUGUCUUUGGAGGUAAACAAUAUGAUGGUUAUGGUACAACUGGGGUAUGCUCCUCAGUUAUUGAACCAACUCCAGCACCUGACCCUUGUGAUGGCAUCACAUGUCGGGAGAAGGAGGAGUGCAGGGGAGGUAAAUGUGUUCACACAUCAGAGGAUACCUGCUCGGCUCUUGGUGAUCCCCAUUACAGAACCUUUGAUGGGAAACGCUACGACUUCCAAGGCACCUGCACCUACACCAUGGCCGAGGUUUUGAAAAAAGAGGCAGGCCUUGUUCCCUUCACAGUCCUGGCCAAGAACAACCACAGAGGCAACAAAUGGGUGGCGUAUGUCAGGAAGGUCACGGUCACUGUGUACAAUCACACCGUGACCAUCAGCGAAAAAAGGGCCAGAGUCGAGGUGGACGGUGAAAUUGUUUACCUGCCUGUGAGUCUAGCGGGGGGAAAGCUCCAGGUGGUCCAGAGAGGCAGGAAUGCCGUUUUGACAACAAAGUUUGGGCUGAAAGUCACAUACGACUGGAAUAUGAUGCUGCGCAUCACUGCACCAAGCAGCUACUUCCGCUUACUGGGCGGAUUGUGUGGGAAUUACAACGGUGACCGCAAGGAUGAAUGGACCAGCCGCUCUGGAAGUCGACUCUCCUCAGCCCUCGAGUUCGCAAAGAGCUGGAAAGUGUCGGAUAGGGAUCUGUUCUGCCAUGACAACUGUCGUGGGAAAUGCCCCAGUUGCUUGCCAGCAGAGAAAAAUAAAUUUAGUGGCGUAAAGUACUGUGGCCUCAUCACUGACACCAACAGUGUAUUUGCCAAAUGCAAACCCGAAGUUGACCCUGGCAUGUACUUCGACAACUGUGUGUAUGACAUCUGCAUCAAUAAAGGCAUCAAAAGCUUCCUCUGUGACAACAUUGAAAAUUAUGUGGAUGCAUGCAUGGCUGCGGGCAUCAAGAUUGAUGGCUGGAGAACUCUUGCAAACUGUCCCAUGGACUGUCCUGCAAAUAGCCACUAUGAAGCAUGUGGGUCAGCGUGCGCAGCCUCCUGUGCUGAGAGAAACGCCCCGUCCACAUGUAAGGAGCCCUGCGUAGAGGGCUGCCAGUGCAACAAGGGCUUUGUGCUCAGCGGUGAAACGUGUGUGUCAGUGAGCUCAUGUGGCUGUACCAGUGGAGGGCGCUAUUACCCUCCAGGGCACACAUUUUGGACUGACAACACAUGCACUAAUAAAUGCACAUGCACGUCUGGAACCCUGCAGUGCGUUGCUACCAAGUGCAAGAGUUCUGAAGUGUGUUCUUUGAAGAACGGUGUGAGAAACUGUUACCCGCUGUCUUAUGGUACCUGCCGUGGCUCCGGUGACCCACACUACCGCUCGUUUGAUGGAAAGAAAUUUGACUUCCAAGGAACAUGCACAUACCUCUUGUCCAAAGUAAUCAGCACUAUAGAUGCUUCUCUGGAACACUUUGAGGUGCAGGUCCAGAAUGAGAACAGAGGCCGAAACAAGGCAGUCGCAUACACCAAGACAGCCUUGAUAAAAGUGUAUGAACACACCAUUAUUUUGAGCAGCGACAAUCCCGGCAGAGUGAAGCUGAACAACGUGUUCAUAAACCUGCCACUGACACUGGACAAUGGACGACUGUCAAUUUUCCGAAGAGGCCGGGCUGGAGUGGUCAAAACUGAGUUUGGCCUGGAAAUGCAGUUUGAUUGGAGAAGCUAUGUGUCAGUUACUGUCCCAAGCACCUACCAUGGAGUGCUAGGUGGUCUGUGUGGAAACUUCAACGGCCAUGGAAACGAUGACAUGCUCACACCCAACAAAACCUCUGCCAAAAAUCCAACAGAGUUUGGUAAAAGCUGGAGAGUGAAAAAUGAUUCUCGAUGCAAAGACACAUGUGAAGGAAAGACAUGUUAUGAGUGUGACAUCAACUCAAAGCAGAAUGAGCCAUUCCGAAAACACUGCAGCAUCCUCACAGACAAGACUGGUCCCUUCAAGGACUGUCACAGCAAAGUGAAUCCAGAGCAGUACUAUGAAGACUGUGUUUACGAUAUGUGCAUGUAUAAGGGCCACCCCUCUGCACUUUGCAAUGCCCUCAGCACGUACACCUCCGUGUGCCAGGACGCAAAAGCCAGGAUCGACAUUUGGAGAACAGAGUCACUUUGUCCGCUGGAUUGCAAAGGAUACAGCCACUACGAAGUUUGCCCGUCCAGCUGUUCUGUAAUGUGUCGUGGAACUGAGGAGCCCGAAGGCUGCGAAAAUACCCCCUGCAGUGAGGGCUGCGAGUGCGAUGACGGCUUUGUGCUGAGUGACGGACAGUGUGUGCCAGAGGAACAGUGUGGUUGUGCGUACAAAGGCCGCUACUACCAGCAAGGCCAGGUGUUCUUCCUCAAUGACCAGUGCAAGGGCCGUUGUGUGUGUGGAAACGAUGGAAAGGUUCAGUGCCAACCUGAUUUCUCCUGUGGGCCUGACGAAGUGUGCCGCAUCCAGGACGGGAUCAAGGACUGCUUCCCCACCACCAAAGCCACCUGCUCAGUAUGUGGAAUGGGACACUAUCACUCCUUUGACAACAAGGACUUCAGCGUUCCUGGCAACUGUGUGUACAAAAUGGCAGAGGUCACAAAAGACAAGGAUGGUGAGAGGGUUCCUUUCAGUGUGGUAGUCCAUCAGGAAUCUGCGGCCAAUGAUCCAACUGUUACCCGUAGUGUCCAAAUAGAAGUCAGUGACUACAACAUCGUCAUGCUUCCUGAAAGAAUCUGGGAAGUAACGCUGGAUGACAUCCGCGUGAAUCUCCCUCUCCAAUUGGACGACGGGAAGGUGCGAGUCUAUCAGAACGGAUUUGUCAUCAUUCUGCAGACUAACUUUGGCUUGGAGGUGACCUAUGACACCACCUCCAUGGUUAGAGUGGAAAUGCCAUCCUCUUACAAAGGUGUGCUGCUGGGCCUCUGUGGCAACUACAACGGCAACCCGGCCGAUGACUUCGCCUUACCUGGAGGUGCCCAGGCCUCCUCGGCAGAAGCGUUUGCUGAGGGCUGGGUCGUGAAUCAGACGGAUGUGACCUGUCAGACAGGCUGUGGGUCCCAGUGCCCUACUCCACCACCAGGGGGCGGAGACUUGUGUGACAUCUUGAAGGACAAAAAGAGUCCAUUUUCAAAGUGCCACUCAACUGUGCCACCACAGGAGUACUUUGACAAAUGUGUGAAAGACCUUUCGGAGCAAGGCGGCAGUAAAGAUGUCCUUUGCCAACACUUGCAGAACUAUGUUGCUGUCUGCCAGCAAUCUGGGGGUUCAGUUGACAGCUGGCGAAACGAGACAUUUUGUCCGAUGACGUGCCCAAAGAACAGUCAGUAUGAGCUCUGUGCCGAUACCUGCUCCACUACCUGUGCCAGUCUCACUACGCCUCAGAAGUGCUCACAUUGCCAGGAGGGAUGCGAGUGUGAGGAUGGUUUUGCCUUUGAUGGUGGAGAAUGUAAGCCACUGGGAAAAUGUGGCUGUGUGGUUGAUGGACGCACAUACAAGUCAGGGGAGACUGUGGUGAGUGAAGACUGCCUACAGAAAUGCACGUGUGUAGAUGGUGUGUUUUCAUGUGAGAAAACAAAAGGUUGCAUAGUGAAACAAGUCUGUGACAUCAGGGAAGGACUAAGAGACUGCUAUCAAAAAGAUCCAUGUGAGGCUUGCCGUGAAAAAGAAAUGUGUGUCAAGAACGGCACCAAUGUCCAGUGUGUGGCAAAGUCCAGAUCCACCUGCCGGAUCAUCGGGGACCCGCACUACCAAAGCUUCGAUGGCAAACUUUUCUCUUACCAGGGCUCAUGCACAUACACACUGGUUCAGACGACAGGUCGGGAUAGCACACUGACUCCUUUCAGCAUUGUCACCAAAACCGAGUUGGAGAGUAAGCACGGGUCCUACUUAAAAACUGUAACAGUCAACAUGGAAGGUGUCCAGAUCGUUGUUGUCUAUGGUGACCCCGACAAAGUGCUGGUUGAUGGAUCCCCCUCUAACCUCCCCGUUACUCUCAAGUCUGGGAGGAUCAAAAUUACUCAGGAGUCCUACAAGGGUGUCCUUAAGACCGACUUCGGAGUGGAGAUCACCUUUGACUGGGGGGAGGAUCUCUACGUCACUGUGCCUAGCAGCUAUUAUAAGAACCUGGAGGGCAUGUGUGGAACCUACAACGGAGACCAGGCUGAUGAUUUCUCCAUACCUAAUGGCUCCACCAUCACCAGCCUGAAGAAGUGGGCAGAAGCCUGGAGCCUUCCUGAAGCCAACAGCACCUGCCUGCAUUCCUGCCCAGGCCAGUGCCCUGUCUGUACGGCGGACGCCAAGUCGCUUUAUGGACAAAAGGAAUACUGUGGCGAGAUCGGAGUGAAGAAUGGUGCUUUUGCUGCAUGUCAUGCCAAGGUUCUGCCAGGGAAGCUGUUGGCAGACUGCCUUUACAACAUGUGCAUCCAUGAAGGAGACAAGGAGAUGCUGUGCAAGGUCAUGACCAAUUAUGUCAAAAUCUGCCAGCUGAAAGGUGCUGACGUUUCUAAACAGUGGCUGCAGACACUCAACUGUUAAGUCUGACGAGAAGGGGAUGAGUUACUGAAGAAGAUAACAGAAAUCCAGUGGAGCCAUCUCUACACAGAAACCUAAAUGCAGCAUCGGCCAAAUAUCAUUCAGCCAUUUUAAUGUCCUCCUUUUUCAUCCAGAAUAUAUAAGUAAAUUCUGAGUAAAAAGCCAUAGGCCUAUAACUAAGGCUAUGCAUCUAUAUCAUAUAUCUAUUUGUAAUGCUGUGUAAAUCACAUGCAUUGCGAUUUGUAAUCACAUGUACUGCUUAUCUAUCUAUAUGCAAUAAACAGUCAUGCCCUUCUGUUUUAA